AAAUAAUGUAACAGGAAGAGAGAAGAAUAACCAAAGAUUACUUAAAAAAACUAUUAAGAAAGGAAUUCAAACUUUAUUACACUACACCUGAGCUUAAUGAUUGUCUCUACCUUCAUUACAAAGGUUUUGAAAAGAUUGAAAAUCUGGAAGAGUUUACAGGAUUAAAAGUAAUCUACUUGGAAGGAAAUGGUCUCAACAACAUUGAAGGUAAUAUAAUUCAACUAUUGAAGGACUUGAUUGUUUAACAUCUCUGAAGUGUUUAUAUUUGUAGGAGAAUGUAAUUAGAAAAAUUGAAAACUUAAAUAUGCUCACAGAUCUAAUCAAUUUAAAUCUAAGUGAUAAUAUGAUAACCAAGAUUGAAGGGUACAUAUUUAAUUAAAUAUUUAGUUUGGAAUAAUGCUAAAAAUUAUAGACUCUUCAAAUCAAAAGAAAUAGAGUUGGAUUAAAUGGACUUAGCGAUUUAGAAGGAUUACUUUGCCUACCAAAUUUGUCAGUUUUAGAUGUGUCAGAUAAUAAAAUAGAUGACCCUAAUAUAUUAGAUGAAAUAUUUUUAAAAAUCCCUCAAUUAUCAGUUUUAUAUUUUCAGAACAAUACAGCUGGAAAAUAAAUUUAACAUUAUCGAAAGACUUUCAUAAAUAGAAUAAAGACUUUAAAAUAUUUAGAUGAUAGACCAGUGUUUGAUGAUGAAAGAAGUAAAAUAUAUAAAUAUACUAAAUUUUAGGAUUUGCAGAAGCUUUUGCAAAGGGAGGAUUAGAUUUGGAAAGAGAAGAAAGAUAAAAGUAUAAAAAAGAAUAGGAAGAAGAACAUAUGAGAUAACAUUAAAAUUUUAAAGACAUGAUUCGUAAAUAUAGAGAAGAAUAGUAGUAAUUACAAGAAUAAUAAUAACAAUAAUAACAAUAAUAAUAAUAACAAUAAUAAUAAGAAUAAUAGUAGGAUGAUAAUGCAUCUGAUAAUGAAGAACCUUCUCAUCUAUCAACAUACAAUACUUAAUCAAAUACUAGUGAAGUUAGAUCAUCUGCUUAGUAAUCUGCUUAAUAAUCUGCUCAGCAUUCUGAACAUCAUUCUGAGAAACAUUCAGAUAAGUAAUCUGAUAAUUAAUCUGAAAAUAAUUCAAGAAUUGCAGAUGGACAUAGUGAACAUAGAAGUGUUGAAGGAGAUUCAAAGAGUAUUGAUGGAGCUAGUGAACAUGGCAGUGAAUAAGUAGAAAUUAAUACAAUUGCCAACUUCGGAUAACCCACUGAGUUUGAUGAAAUAGAUUGAUUUGAUAUAUAUAUGUAAAUAAAUAU